CUUCUCUCUCAGCUUCUCGCUUUCUCUCUGCUUUCAGCUCUCAUCGUUUGUCUGUCGACUGUCGUCUUCAACCCUUUCCCCCCGCUAAAAAAAGGUGUGAUUUCCCUAUAAACCUCCAAACAAAUCAAUCCAAAGCUGCAAAAAGCAAUAGAUAAUGGAAUCGGAGAGCUAAUUUAACAGUUUCACCAGCUCACCAGCUCUCGAUUGAUGGAUUUUGCUCCGUGCGAUCACAAUGCAUCGCCUUCCAAAAAUCUUCGCUAGCAGCUCCGAGCGCCGCAGAAGCGACUCCGAUUCAAUCUCCGGCGGCAGCUCCAGCUCGAGCCGCCGCGCCGCCGGUUCGAAGCCGAGGCUCGAGCGCCGUAACGCGAGGAAGAACAUCGACUACGAUUACUCGCCAUCCUCCGCCUCGGCGCCUUCUUCUUCGUCGUCGUCGUACUACACCGCGUCGGAGGAGUCCGCGCGCACGCGGUCGCUCGAUUUGUACGGAGGGAGGCGGAGCUUUAGGGUUGAAGGUGUCGACGGCGAGAUCGAGAUUAUGUGCAAAAACCUAGGUUUCUCCGGGGUAGAUGAUUUCUCUAUUUCGCCUGAUGAGUAUGAGGUUAUGAAAGUGAGAUCAUCUUCUGCUCCAGUCCGUUUCAGCCAGCCGUUGGAGAAGGUUAGUGAUGGAGCUGUUGAAGUUUCUGGUGAUUUUGUGGUUGCUGGCUUGCCAAAUAGGGGAAUUGGAGUAAGUGAUAGCUUAAUUAGAUGUUCUGGUAACAGCGGUGAAGUAAUUAGUGAGGAUUCCGAGGGAAUUCGUGAUUUUAGGGAUAAGGCUAAUGUUUUUGGUAGUGCAAUGGUGGAUACUGUGAGGGUAAGUGAUGGAGUUCCAAUCGAGAAGGUUAGUGAUGGAGCUGUUGAAGUUUCUGGUGAUGUUGAGGUUGCUGGCUUGCCAAAUAGGGGAAUUGGAGUAAGUGAUAGCUUAAUUAGAUGUUCUGAUCACAGCGGUGGAGUAAUCAGUGAGAAUUCCGAGGGAAUUCGUGAUUUUAGGGAUAAGGCUAAUAUUUUUGGUAGUGCAAUGGUGGAUAUUGUGAGGGUAAGUGAUGGAGUUUCGAAUGAUAGUUUGAGUACUAGAUCGAAUGAAUUCCGUGGAAGUGGCAUUAAGGGUGUGAGGCCGCCGUUUCUCGGCCUGCUGGCGCCACCGCCUUUUAUGUCGUUACCUGUGAUUGAUCAAGAUUGCUCGACUUGGGAUAUCUUCCGAAAUUUUGGGCCAGACAAUGGAAGACUGCAGGCCUUGGAUGAGCAAGGUGGUUUGGGUAGGACUGAGGAUGCUGUUGAGGAGGAUGAAAGAAGAAGGAGAAUGGCAAGGGAAGAGAACUUUGUUCUCUCAGCACCGUGUUCAUUCACAGCAAGCUCGAAUGAUGAUGAUUCCUCGAGUACUACAACAGAUCCUGUAUCAAGCGUUUCACCGAAUGGGGGAUUUAGACGUGUUAUUUCAUCUUGGCAAAAGGGCGAUCUCUUGGGAAGUGGAUCAUUUGGCUCUGUGUAUGAGGGAAUUGCUGAUGAUGGAGUCUUUUUUGCUAUUAAGGAAGUAUCUUUGCUUGAUCAAGGGGAAGAAGGAAAGCAGCGUAUCGCUCAACUUGAACAGGAAAUUGCACUUCUGAGGAAGUUUAAGCAUGAAAAUAUUGUCCAGUAUUAUGGCACAGAGAAGGAUGAUUCACGUCUCUACAUCUUUCUUGAGCUUGUUGUCAAAGGUUCCCUUUUGAGCCUUUACCAGAAAUAUACCCUCCGAGACUCCGUAGUCUCUGCUUAUACAAGACAGAUUCUUCAUGGUUUAAAAUAUCUGCAUGACCAAGGUGUAGUUCACAGAGACAUCAAGUGUGCAAAUAUACUGGUGCACACUAAUGGGUUGGUGAAACUGGCGGAUUUUGGUCUUGCAAAGGCAACUAAGUUGAAUGAUGUCAAAUCUUGCAAGGGGACUGCAUUCUGGAUGGCUCCUGAGGUAGUUAGGAGCGAGGGCUAUGGCCUUGCGGCAGAUAUAUGGAGCCUGGGGUGCACUGUAUUGGAGAUGCUAACCCGGCGUUUUCCAUAUGGGGAUAUGGAAUGUAUGCCAGCGAUGUAUAGGAUAGGAAAGGGCGAGAGACCACCUAUUCCCGAUUCUCUUUCCAGCGAUGCACGAGAUUUCUUACUUAAAUGUCUACAAGCUGACCCAAGUGUGCGGUCAACAGCUGCCGAGCUCUUGAAUCAUCCCUUUGUGAAGCAACCACUGCCAGUACCAUUGGGAUUUGCAUCUCCUAAUCCUUUCACCGGCUAAUUUGAGAGUUCAGCACAAUAUGUGGACUGCAUUGUAUAAUCUGAUAUAGCCUGGAUGGCUUCGUAUUUCUCCGAGUUCUCGCCCGUUGCAGCUGGUCUUUGGGGAUUGAAACUGUAGCAUUGCAUCUUGUAGUUAGAAUAGGGGCAUUGGAGAUUUUGCAGAUCAGUUAUUGAGAUUUCACAAUUAUUUUUUCUCCCAAGAAUCCAUGGAGGUGAGUGAGUGAGUAGCACUAUAAAUUCUGAUUUUCUUUGUUAAGGAUAGUGUUAUUUAUUGAUAUAUUUCAAUUUUUUAGAGCUGGGGUUGUUCAAGCCCAAAACCCCAUAGGCUAGUUAGUUCAUUGUAUAUGGUGUUCCACUUAUUAUUUGUACAAAAAGGUGUAAUAAAUUUUAUUGGUAUA